AUGUUCACCACCAAAUCCCUAAGCUCAAUCAAGAACGCCCUCCCCUCGAUUCACCAGCCCCUACCGCUCUCCUCGAAAGAGUCGCAAAAGCUGCUCAACGUCCUGAAAACGUCGUUCCGCCAGAACCUCGACAAGGAGCACGGCUGGACCACCGAAGAUGCCGACACGCCGACUUCCAAAACGCCCUCCUCCAAGCACUCCGCCCGCGAGUCGUCGCACCGCAGACCGACCGACCGCCACCUCCGCUCCAUCCUCUCCAACCCGCUCUUCAAGUCCGCCGUGAAAUCAAACGACCUGGCCUUCGCCGCGCCGCGGGAUCCCAUGGACGUCUUCGAGGAGGCCGCCGCGAAGGGCAUGAUGACGAUUAAGGCCGCGACCGGCUGUCUGCGUGCGAAACGCCAGCAGAUCCUGCAGUCGAGCGCGCUGUCCGUCCACGACGCCAUUAAAGACUCCAUGGCGGGCUUGCAAGUCGUGCGAUGGCUGAGGUCGUCCGGGGAGGAGAGGACGCUGGAGUUCCUCACGGAUAGACACUUUGUGCACGAGCUCGCGCGAUUCAUGGUGCCCGAAGGCUUGGAGGAGGUGGCGUGGGAGUGGGCGGGCAGGAUGAUGACGGGAGAGGGACCGGCCGAUCAGAACAGCGUGGUCGUCGGGUCGCUGAUGUCUAGCCUGGUCGCCGCCAAGUCCAGCAUCGAAGAGAGGAAUCUCGACACGGCUUUCUCGACCAUGAUCAGGGCGGACCAGACGUGGAAGGCGAACCCGCAACUACCGCAAAUCCUGCUCCGGCCAUGGCAGGUCCUCUCGUGGGCGUCGACGGUCGAGGCGUGGAAGAGGCCGCUGCCGUCAACCCCCAUGUUCGAGUCCUUCGUAAGCACUGCAAACCACAUCCAGCGGCCGUUGAAGGUCGACCGCGCACAUCUCCAACUUCACCACCCGACACAUCCCGACCACCAACCGGCGGUCAAGUUCUUGACGGGCUUCGACUUCACGCAUGCGGUGAACAUAUAUCAUCCUGCCGGAUUGGUCGCGAGAGCUAUUUUCAUGGGCAUGGAUGCCGUCAGUCAUUUGACGCGGCUGGGGCGGACGGAUGAGGCGGAGAAUCUGCUUCGUAUGCUGCAGUCCAAAUUCCCGGAGGACGUAUGGCAAAGGCAUCACAUGCGUGGCGCGGCAUUGAUGUGA